AGCGAACUUUGUAGUCCUAGAGAGUCAGACUGGUAGGUCUACAUGUUGAGGAGCGGAAUCAUCUGUGAUUGUGCACUUUCACCAUGGUGACCACCAGGACCGGAGUGAGCACCACUACCUACAGUGGAGAACAAGAAGAGAGAGUUGCUUCCCUUUUGAGGGAAAGAAAGGAGAAGAUGGAGAAGAGGGAACUGAUCAAGCAGGCAAAGAUGUUGGCCCCGCUAGAGGAGCAGGAAGCGAAGAAGAAGCAAAUGGAGGAAGAACUGGAAAAGUGGAAGGACCAGGAGGAGAAGAUGGCAGCAGUAGAGGCAAAAGUGGGAGAAGAAGAAGUAGAAGAAGAAGAGGUCGAGGAAGAGGAUGCCUUGCAAAGAAGAAGAGGGGAGGCGAGUACAAAUAAGGUUACACAAGAAGAGGUUCAGAAAACAGUGAAUGAGUGGGCAUCACAUAUAGAGUUGGGAGAGGAGAGAAAAGAGGAGUUGAUGGUACCCGAGGCCGAGAGAGAAGCAGCAAGGAGAGAAUUGGAGGAGGAGAGGGAACCCUUGCGCAGACGAGCAAGGGAACAUGAAAAGCAAUUGGAAUGGAAAUUGCGCUUGACACAAGAAAGAAUAAGGCGCCUGGAGGCGACAAAGAAGUUAGAUAAGGAGUUGAAGGCGCAAAAACAAGAAUGGGGAAGAUCAGGGAAGAGACCGAGAUAGGAACCAAACUCGACACCCUAACUCACAAUGUAGAGUCCCUACUGACCGCGCAGAGAGAGCAAAUGAAGCAUCUUCGCAACC